AUGUCUAAUUUAAUAAAUGAAUUACAAAAAUAUUUGGAUGAAUUUAAUGAAGGUAUAUUUGCAAUGAAUAGUUCAUCAUUAUGUAGUCUAUUGAGUAUUCGACAUAAAGUUCAUAUUGAAAAAUUUUCUUCAUCAACUACAUGUGAUUUAUUUGAAAAAUAUGGUCGUGUUGUACAAGGUUGGAAUAUUAUAUUAACAAAUCAUAUUAAAAUAUGUCAAACAUCAUUACAUAAAAUUUAUUUAAAUGAUAUUGUACAAUAUCAAUAUUUACUUUGUCGUUCAUUACUUGAUCUUAUUAAAGAAAGUAAAAAUAAAAAUUGGCAUAUACCAAUACUUAUUCUUACAUUAACUGAAUUACGUCUUAUAACAAAUUAUUUUACAAAAAAUAUUUCAACUGAUAUUAAUGGACGUACAAGUCCACCAACACAACGUAUUGCUGAUUUAUCAAUUAAUAAUGAUCGACAAAUAUCAGAAACAAAUGUAAAUAAAACAAUUGAAUUACUUACAGAAGCAUUUCGUGUAUGUACAAGUGAUCGUUGUACUGAACAACGUUUAUCAAAAAAAUGGGGAGCUAUACAAAUACUUAAUCAAUUACUUAAAUUAUGUCAUAGAAUAAAACGUUAUGAACUUGGUGAACAAUUACUUUCAUUUGCUGAACAAUCAUUAGAAUAUAAAAAUUAUUUAUUAGAAGAUCAAAAAAUGACAUAUGAUUAUUUUUUAGGUUAG